AUGAAGCGCCCACUGACUACUACUAGGAGCAGCCUAUGCUUCUUUGCUGCAACCGCAAUUGUUGGCUUUUUCUCGUGUACAACGGAAGCGGCGACUGUGUAUGUGAAUUGGGGAGGGGUGGAUUCAUCCUACUUCCACGAUGAGCAGGAGCAACCGUGCCAGUACGAAGGGUCCAUCGUACUGAGCCAUCCCAUGUCGAUUGACUAUGAAGAUACCCACUACGUCCUGGGUAGCCUGAUGCUGAAGGCAGCCCAAAUGACCGUCGACGAGAUCAACAUGUUUCCACGGUGCGGGGUAUCCGUGGGCGACCAGAACUACUCCAUUGCGCUGCAGACGUAUGGAGACCAGUCGGAUCAAAACAAGACGCAACGGAUUGGGCAGACGAUUGCCACUGACAAUCACACCGACAUCCUGUUGGCCGGCUACAGUUCGUUUUUGACGUCCAUUCUGACUCCCAUUGCGCAACACCACCAAAAACUCUGCAUCACGGGUGGCAGUAGUCGCACCAGUGUUCAUGCCAACAAGACAUAUGUCUUUGGACUCAAUCCUCCCAGUGGUUCGUAUUUGGAAUAUGUGUUCCAAGCCGCCAGCGCAAAAGGCGCCAAAACGGUGGCGUACCUGCAAGAAGAAUCGACGGAUCCGUGUGCCGGGGUGGAGCGAUUAGCCCAACAGUACAAUAUGCAAGUGGUGAGUGCCACCAACAUUCCCGAAUUGGCGUCCUUGGAGAGCUAUAUUUGGGUAGCCAAGGAAAUGGCGGCUCUGGAUCCCGAUUUGAUGAUUACCUGUGUCCGGACUCGCUAUGGGGAAUGGAAUCAAGCCAUGCGACACGUCAACUGGACACCAAAGGCGCAGGCGUACACGUAUGUGGGCGGGACAGAUGAAUUCGAGCGGGAAAUUGGCCCCGUGGAUCUCCCAUAUAUCAUGGCGGUUGGGGGCUGGGACAGUGCAUUGCCACCGGUACCAGACGCCGCGACUGGUUGGACCCCCAAAGACUUUGAUCGUUUGUUUGAACAAGCGGCCUUUCGACGUCCCCAAUACCAACAGGUCCAACAGAGUGCCGUCAUUAGCAUCCUAGCGCAGGCCAUUGAACAAGUCGGUGCAUUCAAAGGUCAGAAUGCGACGGAUCAAAUUCGAGACGUCUUGGCCGACGGCUACUUUCCAACAGUCUACGGAAAUGUCAGCUUUGAUGAAAACGGCCAGAAUGCCGCUCCUUUCCUUCUUUUGCAAUAUGACGAAAAUGCUACCAUGCAUAUACUGCUGCCGGAAACCCAUCAUCAUACAUCAUUUGAAAUGGUAUAUCCACUUCCCACCUGGGUCAACCGAGACUGUGUGGGAUUGUCUCCUUGUAUCGGCCAGGGAGGAGUGUGCACAGUGAAUGGAUCUUGUGCAUGCCCGCCACACCUCGUCACGAAACCAGACUUGGUGGGGCCCCAUGCCGCGUGUGAUGAGCCUACUAUUAGUAGUAGCGUGGCGGCAGCACAGGUUGGCUCGCAUGUCUAUGUGCUGAGUGCUUUAAUUCCCAUUCUCCUGGCGUGUCUUGUGGGGGGACUCGUGUACCGACAUUUCCAACUCAAAAAUGACUCGGUGUGGCAAGUCAAGAAACGGGAACUCAAGUUUGAUGAUCCUCCAAGAAUCAUAGGCCGGGGGACCUUUGGUGUGGUCUUGUUGGCAGAGUACAGGGGAACCAGUGUGGCGAUCAAGCGCGUGCUUCCAUCCAAACAAAAAUCGAGCGGAUUGAUGAAGGUUGCAUCGAAGAACACUGUGGGAGAUCAGAACAAAUCUUGGGACGUUGAAUCCGGAGAUGGCAUGAAAAAAUCUACGGACAGUGGCUCCGGUAGUAGCCGGUCUUCCGGCCUGCUUUCGGGAUUCAGGACGAAGCGUAGCAAUACAAGCAUCGGGAAACUCAAAGCAGACUUCUACAAGGAGAUGCGUACAAUCAGUAGAUUGAGGCAUCCUUGCAUCACAACUAUCAUGGGUGCUGUGGUGGGCCUUUCGGAAGAGCCAAUGUUGGUCAUGGAAUACCUGAACCACGGGAGUCUAAAGGAUUUGUUGGCAAAUGAGACCAUGUUCAUCGACGGAGAAAUGCUGCUGAGUAUUCUCCGUGAUAUAUCCCAAGGGUGUCGGUUUCUUCACGGGGCAAAGCCUCCAAUAAUCCAUGGGGACUUAAAAGCCCAGAACGUCCUCGUUGACCAAAAGUUUCGAGCCAAAGUUUGUGACUUUGGACUCUCGAAAAGGACGCGCUCAGGAGUCACUGGCACACCAUUUUUCAUGGCACCAGAGCUCCUGAAUCGAUCAAGUCUAAACAAUGCUGCCACAGAUGUGUAUGGCUUUGGGAUGAUCGUGUAUGAGACAUAUAGCAGAAAAGAUCCUUACGAAGACGACGACGAAGACUUCCACGAAAUACUGCGACAGAUUGUAGAUCCAAUCAUCAACAAGAGGCCUCCAGUUCCAUACGAUUGUCCUCCUCAGGUCGCAUCUCUCAUGUUUGACUGUAUGGUGGCAAAUCCAGAGGAACGUCCCACUUUUGAGGAGCUUGACAAACGGCUUCAUCGUAUUGAGGUGUCCGCCUUGAAAUCACUUGACGAGACCCGGCAUUCCAUCGAUGCAAAGAACUCGGGACGAACGUCUGUGUCUCUCUUUGAUUUGUUUCCCCAGCACGUCGCAGAGGCUCUCAGGGACGGAAUGCCCGUGCAACCAGAGCACAAGGAUUCUGUGACAAUCUUCUUUUCAGUUAUGUUUUGCAGAUUGAAUUGA